AUGCCAGACCUGACGAGCGUGUUUCGCGCGACAGUCCAGGACUUGAGCCAGGCUUCUGGCAACAUGUCUGGCAUCCGAUCUCCCAACCCUGUUACGGCUCACACUACUAAACCAACACCGGACCCCUGGCUUAAGGAAGCACAUCAAAUCUCCAGGACGAUGGCAGAUCUUCGCGCAUUCAUUAUCACAACACGCCCCGCCUACCUCAACCUCUCACGCGGAAGUGGUACAGGAUCCUUGACCAGCUCGCGGAUGGGCCCUCCUCGUCGUUCGGACUCGAUACCCAGCAGCAACGGAGGAGGAUAUCGUAGUGUGGCAGGAACUACUUCUUCCAAGGUCUUGCAGGAGCUCUUAGAUACUGUCGCAUCGCUGACUUCAUUAUCCGAUAAGGAUCGUGAUAGUAUUGAUACCCAGGUCAAGGUCAUGAUGCGACAAAUUAAAGGCGCUAUUGAAGAACUUGAGUCUCUUGAGCAAGAGCGCAGGAAGAAACAACGUGCAAAUGCUGCAGCUGGGGGCGGAGGUUUCAACCAGCUCUUGGCCGCAGCUGCAAGCACGAUGGGGGCUUCAGGACCGGUCGACCAGUUGGCUCAGCAUUGCCAAGGUGUGACUCUCUACUUGAACGAACGACUUGCCAGUCUGGCCACUUUGCACAAGGACCAGUAUGAAGUCAGGAUAGCACGAGAGUUGGAGAAACGCGAAAGCUCACUCUAUAAGGCAUUGCCGAAACCAACGCAGGGCGGAGCAAACGGAUAUGGAAUGACGCAACGCAGGAACUUUAACGAUACCACCUCUACAGCGACGCUACCACUAUCGGUGCCAGGAUCACCCUUCACAGCAGCAGGAGGACCAGGUUCUAAUGGCUUUGGUGGCAACAGAUCGGAUCUUUCAAAGGGUGUCUCAUCAUCACACGACUAUUACUCCCGGCAAGGUGGCGGAUCGGCGGAUGAUCAGGACUUUGAGCAGGGUCUGACCGCCCAGGAGCGACAGAUGCUAGAAAUGGAGAACGAGAAUAUUGUCCGCAAACUCGAGACCGAGCUCAACCAAGUCCGGCAAUUGGAAACAUCGAUGAUUGAGCUAUCGACGCUGCACUCGACCAUCCAGGAACAUCUCGAGAUCCAGACCCUACAGACGAAUCGGUUGCAUGAGGAGGCCCAGACGGCUAUCAACCAUAUUGAUGCAGGAAAUGAGCAACUGAUCAAGGCUGGCAAACGAAAUAACAGCACGCGCAAGUGGAUCCUUUUCUUCCUCAUUCUUGCCAGGUAA